AUGAUCCACUCGACUGCUGCAACUUAUUUGGAUCAACUGACGGCAACAACAACAAUAACAACUACAACUGCACCAACCGUUCGUGAAAGAAAUCGUAUGCAUGCUCUAAAUGAAGCCUUUGACGAAUUACGAAAAGUUGUUCCAAAAUCAAAUUUAAACGAUCAUCAACGUUUAUCAAAAAUUGCCACAUUAAGAUUAGCCAUUCAUUAUAUAAGUGCAUUAACAUCAAUUUUACAAAGUAGUGGAUCGUUAAAAGCUAUUGAUCGUACACUCAUACCUCAGAUAUCAAAACGACGGCGAAGACGACGAACAAAAAAAGACACUGAUGAUUUUAUUACUAGAUAA